AUGCCCAAAAUCAUUUCAACUCCAGUUUCAGUUUCAAUGUCGUAUGAAAAUCAAGAUUAUGGAGCCCGACCACGGCGCGGAAGAUAUGAAGAUUAUGGUUCACCACCAAAUCGUGGAAGAUCGAGCGAGUAUCUAACUGAAGAAAGACCUCGUCGCCCCAUCUACAGAGGUGAAAUGCGUCCGCGUUACCGUGAGUAUGAAGAAAUGAGUGAGCGGCGUCCACCACCAAGAAAGGACUAUGUCGACAGGCGCGCCGGAGGUGGUAGUUUUUAUGGUAACGCUCCACCACGUCGGCCGGAAACAUCUCGUCCCUGCAAAGUUCUCGGUGUAUUUGGGCUCUCUGUACACACCACUGAACGUGAUCUGUACAACAUUUUCUCAUCGUAUGGUCGGGUCCGCGAUAUCCAGAUGGUCUAUGACAAUCUCACAGGUCGGUCUCGUGGUUUCGCCUUCGUGUAUUACGACUCGACGGAAGAUGCCCGACGGGCAAAAACCAAUUGCGAAGGGGGCCUUGACAUUGAUGGCAAAAUUGCACGUGUCGACUAUAGUUUGACCACUGCUCCCCAUAAACCUACGCCGGGUGUUUAUAUGGGCAAACUUAGGACUGGCUUUGACGAAGAUAGACGAAGGAGCAGACCAUACGAUCGUCCACCUAGAUACAAUCGUUAUCCUGGUGACGAUGGUUCAUACGAUCGGCCGCCUUCGCGCUUUGAUAAUUCGCGGUACUCCGUCAACUACCAGCAUGAUGCGCCACCUCCAAGACGCUCUUUGCGUGACCGGUCUCCGCCACGCCACUCUCGGCACGUGUCUCGCACAGGCGAAAGGCGGCGAACCAUUUCAAGCAGCCGCUCCCGUUCGCCUCCACCCGUUUUCAACGGAAGCCGUAAGGUGUCUGAGGGACCAUCGGAGUCUCUACGCAAGUCUGGCACCACGAGUAGUGCCGGUGGUGGCGGGAAGGCGGUUGAUGAGUCUUGGUCAGAUGCAGAGUAG